UCCAAAACAGUCAGCAGGGCUCGAGGCCUUGUGCGGCAGCUAUGGGGGCCAGCGACUCCAAGAUAGGAUUUAAGCAGGGCAUCUUCAGGUUAUCAGAGGAGCGCAACAUUGCGGCGAAUGAUGCUUACUGGACCUCGUUUUGGGAGCUUCCUGAAUCGUCCGAAGAUGUUUUUAGUCUCUUCUCGCCCAACGAUAUCCGCCGAACUCGUGACAAUGCCCUAGAAAAUAUCGAGACGUUGAUUCAAGCCUUGACAACGCGAGUUUUUACUUUACGGCAUCACCCAUCAUUUCCAGAUCCCGACCAUGCUCCGGAGCGAGACAUCCUGAACUGCAUUAGGGUUCUAACUCGAAUACUGCCAUACUUGUAUGAGAAAGAGAGCCUAGGGCCUUGGGAAGAACAGUUCUUGUGGACCCCACGGCGGAUUAAGGGCCGGACUCCCAAGGCUGAAGUUCUGUUUGAUGAAGCCCAGGAAGGGAAGGAACCGGUGCAAUCUUCAGCUGAGACGAAUGAGAAUCUGAAGCCUCUAGCAGAAGAACUGAUAGAUACAUUGGUCGAUCUCCUGUUUUUCUCAGAUUUCACCCUCCCUCGUCAGCCAAAUGGGCAAUCCAAGACGUUGAAAUAUAAUCCAGCCAGCUGGCGCGUACCAUACAACACUUUGGUGUUCAGAGACACUAAGCAGGUUCUUGUGACUUACUCUAUACACUUCUUAUUGGCCAUGCUCAUAUACCCUAUACCCGAGGAUGCAUCUUCAGGUUCCCAUAAGAAUUACUUCCGUCAUUUCCUCGGCCGCAUACAUCGUCCUCAAGACUUCCAAUUCAUAGUUGAUGGAAUGACGCGAAUUCUCAAUCAACCGCUUCAAGAGAAGAGUUCAUAUAUUCCUGGCUCUCAAUCUUCUUCUAACCUUGCUCCAGAGGUAUUGAUGCUAUUCUGGGAACUGAUUCAAUGCAAUAAACGCUUUCGGUCCUUCAUUAUCGAUACCGAUAGGGCGCAUGAUUUCGUUGUCCUAGCAUUGUUCUAUGCUCUGGAAUACAGAAAUGAACCAUCCAAACAGGGUGUUGUGCGCAUGUGCGCGUUUCUUUUGCAGACCUUGAGCGUCGAAGCAAGCUUUGGCUCGCACCUGAACAAGACAUUUGAGGGCCAGGAAAGCCUCCCUGCGAGCAUCAGAAUUAACGCAUUCAGGGGCACAUACGCCGACUUCUUACUGCACUCGAUUUAUACCCUGAUUACUACAAGUCAGGGCAACUUCGCUCCAGUCUAUCCGGCGCUCCUAGCAAUCAUCAACAACAUAGCUCCGCAUAUCGAGGGACUAAGUGCUUCUAGUGGCUCUCAGCUCAUGCAUCUGUUUUCGUUGAUGGCAUCACCAUCAUUUCUACUUGCCAAUGAAACUAACCAUGGCCUUUUGCACUCUCUGCUAGAUUCUAUCAAUUCCAUUCUUGAAAAUAAAUACCGCCAGAAUCCGGAGCUGAUAAUGGCAAUUUUCAAAAACAAGAAGCGUAUUGAGGCACUCCGCACGUUCACCUUGGAAACUGGACAGGAGGAGAUUGAGAAGAUCAAUAGGAGAAGAAAGGAUGCUGGAGGUCAUACCGGACUUUUCGAUGAUGGGUCUCGACGAAGCUCUGUCGAUAGUGUACGGAGCCCAUCAAACACUCUAUCUCGAACCCAGUCGUUGGAAGAAGUCCCAGAGGACAGCGCAUUUGCCGUCGGAGAUGACGAUGACGACGAUAGCGACGAGGAGCCUCAGCCCACACCAGCUGCGUCAACUGCUAGCGAAAACCCUUCCCAGGCAUCAUCAGUAACUAACGUCGAAGAUGCAGUGCCUGUACAACUGCGGGGAAUGUCAGAGAAAGCCAGGGGGAAAAUGCCGGCAAAUAUUCAAUCCUUCUCCCGGCAGAACAGUUCAACAAGCCUUGGUGCAUAUUCGAAUGCAAACCAGGCGUUUGGUGGCAGUUUUGAGCCGACAGCCCCAUGGAUCGAUAGUUGGCUGCCGGAAUUACCUCUGCAUACUAUCCUAACCAUCAUCCAGCAAACAACCAGCGUUCUCCCACGGCAGGCAUCAGCUCGAGAUGCUGCAGCUGACACGCUACGCCGGAUUCAAAAGAUUGAAUUCAUCGGCCUCGAGCCGUCUGCCAUACGAGUUCACUCCUUUGAAUGGUCUCAGCUGGCACUUGGAUGGUACGAGUCCCUACUCUGGGGAGUCAUCUUUGCCAGUGAAAUGCAGAUUGCAAAGGGUACCAUGGGUAUAUGGAAUGGCACGGCCAUCAAGCUCUUCCGAGUCCAGGAAACGGCGCCGGCAGGCCCCACUCUGACCUCACCCAGAGGGGCAGUGGAUGCUGUCGGAAGCAAUAUUGUGUCACGUAUCGGCCAAAUAAAUCUUCGCGGCGCGUCGGCAGCGUCAAAUUCUGCGCCGAACAGGGGUGCAUCAUGAUGGUACUACUCGUACUACAUGUGCUACCCUCCGGAAACAGGGUGCAUGAGACGAGCCAAGAACUAUCGACAGUGUGAUAUGCUUGUACAGUAGCCUACUGAGAUAUAGAUCAGAUGCUUGAUUAUGGCUUUGCGAGUUUCUUCCUAGCUGGCAUGCCCAGCAAAUCUCAUUCUGCCCAUACGCGGCACUACCAACAAGUAUUGGUCCAAUCAUCCCCCCUGGAAGUCUGGAUGCCUGGUGGACAUCCCUGUGUGUAUGCUCACAUCCACUGGUGACAAGGAGCAAAGUAGCACACCGAACUCUUUGGCUACUGCCUCGUAUAUCUUGCUCUUCAUUUAUUACAGCCCCGAGUGGGCCAAUCAGAUAACUUGACGUGGCUAGAGGCCUCACGAUGAAAUCACAGCGAUCCGGGUGGCAUGGGGACUGCUAUUACCGACGGUAAUUUGCGCAGAAGGCACCGAUGGGCACCAAGAUUUUAUGGCUGGGCUGGAGAUUGGGCUGCACAUCCGCCAUGGCUGUAGCAAACAUUCCUGAAGUAUCACUUACUGCGGGCUGAAUCCCGGUAGGCCGAGGCACUUGAUAACUCUUUGUACAUCUGAUACUAGUAUUGCAUUUUAACGUUUGGGAGGGCUAGCACUUGAAAGAACGAAUGGAACUAUUAAUGAU